CACUGCAGUCACCUGUUACACACGACAAAGUAACUCGAAGAGGUCUCAUCUCCGAAAAUGCAAGCUGAGGAAUACAAUCGCAGAGGUAAGGAGAUGGUGGACUACAUCACAAAGUACCUGGGCUCCAUCAGGGAGAGGAGGGUCAUUCCUGAUGUGAAACCUGGCUACAUGAGGCAGCUUCUUCCUGAGGCUGCACCUACGGAGCCGGAGGACUGGGAGAAUAUCUUCAAUGACAUUGAGAAGGUCAUCAUGCCAGGGGUGGUUCACUGGCAGAGCCCUCACAUGCACGCCUACUAUCCCAGUCUGACUUCAUGGCCCUCUAUGCUCGGGGAUAUGCUGGCAGAUGCAAUCAACUGUGUUGGGUUCACUUGGGCCUCAAGCCCAGCAUGCACAGAGCUGGAAAUGAAUGUGAUGGACUGGCUGUGUAAAGCACUAGAGCUCCCCUCUUUCUUUCUUCACUACCAUCCUGACAGCAGAGGUGGAGGCAUCCUGCAGAGUACAGUCAGUGAGAGCACACUGGUUGCUCUGCUGGCAGCCAGGAAAGAUAAAAUCCUGCAGCUGCGGGCCGAGCUUGACCAGGACGUGGACGACUCCGUCAUAAACUCAAGACUAGUGGCCUACGCUUCGGAUCAGGCUCAUUCAUCAGUUGAAAAGGCAGGACUGAUCUCACUGGUGAAGAUCAGGUUUCUGCCGACCGAUGACGAGUUGUCUCUGAGAGGAGACACUUUGAAACAAGCCAUACAAGAAGACAGGGCAAGAGGACUUGUCCCCUUCCUGCUGUGUUCAACUCUGGGAACUACUGGAGCGUGUGCCUUCGAUAAGCUAUCGGAACUGGGACCAGUCUGUGAGGAAGAGGGACUCUGGCUCCAUGUUGAUGCCGCGUAUGCUGGCUCUGCCUACUUUUGUCCGGAGCUCCGCUGGUCAAUGAAGGGCAUUGAAUUUGCGCACUCUUUUGUUUUCAACCCUUCUAAGUGGAUGAUGGUCCAUUUUGACUGCACAGCAUUCUGGGUAAAGGAUAAAUACAAGCUCCAGCAGACCUUCAGUGUUGAUCCUGUUUACCUCAGACAUGAAAACUCACUGGCAGCCACCGACUUUAUGCACUGGCAAAUACCUCUCAGUCGACGCUUCCGUGCUCUGAAGCUCUGGUUUGUUCUGCGCUCCUUUGGAUUGAAAAACCUCCAGGCUCAUAUCAGACAUGGGAUUGAGAUGGCAAAACUCUUGGAGUCUCAUAUUAGGAGCAACACAGAUUUUGAGGUUCCUGCUAAGAGGCACCUCGGCCUGGUGGUCUUCUGCCUGAAAGGAGGGAACACUUUGACCCAGGAGCUGCUGAGGAGACUGACCCGGUCAGGCACCAUGUACCUCAUUCCUGCGGAUAUUUAUACCAAACGCAUCAUCCGGUUUACGGUGACCUCACAGUACACUACUGCCGAUGACAUCCUCAGGGACUGGGGCAUUAUCUGUAAAACAGCUUCCACUCUCCUGGCUGAGACACAGGGUUUGAAUUAUGCAGACCAGUCACAAUCAGGGGAAGAUGAUGUAAUAGGUGAUGAAGAAUACCAAGACCCGGUCUUAGACACCGGGUCUGAUGAGAAAGAGGAUGCUGUUGCCAGGCUGGAAAAAGCUCAAGUGGAGUUGUGGAUUGACAAAGCUUGGAAUCGGUCUAGAAGACCAAUGCGAUCUCUUAGCUGCAGCAGCGAGCCCCUGCCUUACACUUAUAUCAGGUCCCUGUGUGGCUAUGAUUUUGAAACAAGGCCUAUAGUCGAAGAUGCUGCUGGUGGCCUUCCUGUGCCUUCAACAACAGGAGCUGGUGCGACAAUAAAUAUUGAGGAGAUGCCUUCAAAUGAUCUGGGAAAACAGGUCCUGAAAAAGCUGACAAAGUUCUACAGCGUUCCCAGCUUCUGUAACCAGUGGGUGCAGUGUGGUCGGCACCAGCUCUGCUGCCCUCUGAAGGUUUCUCCAGCAGCUCAAAAGCACUUACCCUCCACCUGCAGAAGAGUGAACUGUAUGUCUUCCUCUGCUGUAACAAACACAGCCCCCCCUCCUACACCACUGGAAACUUCCACUGCUCCUAAACUCCUCUGACGAGCCCAAAACCAGCACAAAGUGUACCUCACAUCCACACAAUAAUUCACCUAUUGAUUGAUAAGCAGUUUACUUCAGCACACAGUCAACCAACACAGUCACCAAAUAACAGUGUCGGCGAUAUGGGAUUUACUCAUAUAAAAAUCAUU